GCAAGCUGUGAGUCAAACCUCUGUCCUUCAGGCCCAGUGGGAGGUGAACGGAGUUUUCCUAGAUUGAGGGACAUCCUCCUCAACCCUCCACUCUUCAGUGGAUAUUGUCCCCAACUGAGUCUCCUGUCCCUGUAACUCCCCAGGAGCUCCCUGGAGAAGGACCAGCCUGGGAAGCUCUCCAGGGUGAAGACAAGAGAAGGCCUCCAGUGAUGGCUACCAUCUUGUUCGGCAUCUUCUGCUCUUUCAUCUACCAGGUUGUACCUGAAGCUGUCACCAGUGAGCUCUCCGUGGAAAUUCCAGAGAAUUAUGCCGGAAACUUUCCUUUGUACCUGAAGAAGCUGAAGCUGCCCCCUGUGCAUUCAGACAGCCCUGCCAUCAUUCAGGUAGCUGGGGAGGACGUCGCAGAAGGCCUUUUUGGGGUGGAAUCUGACUCUGGCUUCCUGUUUGUGACCAGACCACUGGAUCGUGAAGAGCAAGCCCAGUACAACCUUCAGGUGACAAUCACUGCUGAAGAUGGGAGCCUUCUGUGGGGCCCACAGCCCUUGAUAGUGCAUGUAAAGGAUGUGAAUGACCAGGUGCCUCAGUUCACCAAAGCUGACUACACAGGGACCUUGAGCCAGGGUACUCAUGCUGGUAUACCCUUCCUCUACCUCAGUGCUACAGACGGGGAUGAGCCAGGCACAGCCAACUCAGAUCUUCGGUACCAUAUCCUGAGUCAGACUCCAGCCCAGCCCUCCCCAGACAUGUUCCAGCUGGAGGUCAGGACAGGGGCUCUCACCCUCAGUGAGAAGGGGAGCUCUGAGCUUGAUCCUACUAUUGUGAGUCACUACCAGCUGCUGGUACAGGUAAAAGACCUGGGAGACCAGACUUCAGGUCACCGAACCAUGGCCACUGUGAAUGUUGUCGUGGUGGAGAAUACUUGGUUCUCUCCUGACUCUAUCCACUUAGCAGAAAAUACCCAGGACCUGUGCCCUAAUUCGUUCACCCAUGUGCACUGGAGUGGUGGGGAUGUGCAAUAUCACCUGGAGAGCCAGCCCCCAGGACCCUUUGAAGUGAACGAAGAAGGAAACAUCUGUGUGACCCGGGAACUGGACAGGGAGAUCCAAGAGAAGUACCAGAUCACCGUGUGGGCCAGGAACAUGGAGGGCAUGGUCUACAGUGACCCAUUGGUGCUAACAGUCUUUGUGACAGAUGAGAAUGACAACCCCCCUAACUGCCCUCUUGCUGAUUCCCCCUCUGAGGUCCUGGAGCUCAGUUCCUCAGGGACAGAGGUGACCAGGCUCCAGGCCACAGAUGCUGAUGACCCCAACUCUCCUAAUGCCCAUGUGGUUUACAAGCUCCUGAGCCAGGAACCUCCCGGACCCGAGGGCUCCUCCUUCUCUGUGGACCUCCACACAGGGGCAGUGACGGUACAGGACACCCCACUCAAGGCAGGAGAACUCUACAAGCUGCUUGUGCUUGCUGCUGACCUGGCUGGAGAAGAAGGCGGUCUGAGCAGCACCUGCGAAGUCAGCAUCAAGGUGAUGGAUGUGAAUGACCAUGCCCCUGUGUUCUCAGCCUCCCAGUAUGGGCCAGUCAGCCUUUCCGAGGAUACAGUGCCAGGAACUCGAGUGGCCACAGUCACAGCCACAGAUGCUGACCUGGACCCAGCAUAUACCCUUAUUGACUUCUCCAUUGUGGAAGGAGACCCCAAUGGCACCUUUGUCCUAGACUCAGACCAGCGGAGUGGCCACGCAGAUGUUCGCCUUCAGAAGAAACUGGACUACGCUUCGACCCCAAGCUAUGAGCUGGUGAUUAUGGCAAAGAACCUGGCAGAGCUCAUGGGGACAGGGACAGGCCCCCCAGCCACAACCACUGUGACCGUGUUAGUGGAGGAACCCAUGCACCCCCCUCUCCUAAGCCAGGAGAGCUAUGAGGUCACUGUCCCAGCCAGUACCCCACCGGGCACCAUAUUGCUGACCAUCACGCCAGAGGAUCCACAGAGCCCUCCACUCAGGUUCUCAAUGAUGAACGACUCCAAAGGAUGGCUGUCCAUUGAAGAACACUCUGGAGAGGUCCGAAUAGCUUCAAAACUGGGGACAGGACAGCCUAAGGAGAUAUAUACUGUGCAAGUAGUAGCUGAGAUCAUAGACCAUCCCAGCUUGACUACUACUGCAGCCCUGGUGCUUCAUAUAGAGGGAGACCUCCCAUCCCCUGCUCAAAAAUCCCCCUCCAUUCCUGUCUCUGUCUCCUCCCGGCUCCAGAUCCUCUGCACUCCCCAGAAAGUGCCACAGGGAGUAGUCAUCAGUGGGCUACAGCAGGAGGGAGAGCAUGCUGCUAAUGCUGACUCCUAUUCCUUCACCCUGGGGAAGGACCCCACAGUCCAGCGAGAGUGGAGACUUCGGGCACUCAACAGUACCCAUGCUUAUCUCACCAUGGCCCUCAGCUGGUUGGAGCCCCAAGAAUACUUCGUCCCAGUCUUCCUGACACACUCAUCUCAGACCCAACAACUCCAAAUAAGAGUGGUGGUCUGUCUGUGUAACUCUGAGAGGAGAUGCUUGAUCAAGGUGGGUCGGAUGAAGGGAAUGCCCACGCUGCUGUCUGCUGUUGGCAUCAUGGUAGGCACCCUUGUAGCAAUAGGUUUCUUCUUGAUUUUGAUCUUCAGCCACUUGGCCCUAGCAAGGAAGAAUGUGGAACAGCUGCCAGAAAGCAUUCCCCUGAAGGCUUCUGUCUGAUGGAGCCAGGAGUUGUUGAGUCUCCUGCCUUCCUUAUAACCCAUAAUUUCCAUACCUCCAACAACAAGGACUUGGAUUCUGGACUGAGCUGGGUGAGAACAACCCCAGAGUCGCAACAUCUCAAAGAUGAACCCGUGCCCUCUCAUUCUCAGGGGGCAGAAGGCAUGAGGAGAGAAGCCAAGCCCAGUCUCCAUGUAUCCUAGCAUGAGCCGGGACUUCUCUCUCCAGAAUCCUCCUCUGAGACUUGGGCCCCAUGUUCCUGCCAGCAAAAGUUAAGGCUCCUCUAAUAUGGCUAGCUUCUCACAGAAAUGCCUUGUAAUAAAGUGUCCCCCAAAGCCAACAUGGAAUAAUAAAACCUGGUGGGAAACGGAGUCCAGGGCUCUUCAGGAA